UCUUCUCAUCUAUUAUCAACAACGCUGCAUCAUUCUCCUCUCAAAUUUCAAACCUCCCCUCUUCCAUCUCUCUCUCUCUAUUCCAAUAACCGUCCCAUUCUUUUCAUAAAGAGAAACAACAACCAAAAAAAAAAAAAAAUGAAACACCAAGUUCUUUCUUCCCUUUCACUUAUUUUACUUAUCCUCCAUUUUUCAACCUUAACACUAGCUCAAACAGCCACAGCCCCUGCUCCUUCUGGCCCAACAAACAUAACACAAAUCCUAGAAAAAGCUGGCCAAUUCACCACUUUAAUUCGACUCAUGAAAGUCACAAGUGUUGGUGAUCAAAUCAACACACAACUCAACAAUUCUAAUCAAGGCAUGACUGUUUUUGCACCACCUGAUAAUGCAUUUUCCAGCCUAAAAUCAGGCACUGUUAAUUCUUUAAGUGCUCAACAACAAGUUGCACUUGUGCAAUUUCAUGUUCUUCCUAAUUUUAUUUCUAUGACACAAUUUCAAACUGUGAGUAACCCUUUAAGGACACAAGCUGGUGAUGCUAGUCCAGGUGACUUCCCGUUGAACGUGACGACUUCCGGCAACCAAGUGAAUGUGUCCACCGGUGUUGAUGAUGCUACUGUGGCUAACACUAUUUACACUGAUGGUCAGCUUGCAGUUUAUCAGGUUGAUAAAGUGCUUCAACCUAUGAGUAUCUUUGCUGCUGCUGCUCCGGCAACGGCACCGGCUCCGGCAACAUUAAAGAAGAAGUCUCCGGCAGGAUUGAGCCCUAGCUCCGGCAGUGACGACUCGCCGGCAGAUGCUUCAGGUGCUGAUCAGAGGAUUGCCAUGCAUGGCAUGGCAGUUUUGGUUUUUGGAGUUUCUUUGUUUGCAUUGUUGUAAUUACUUUAGAAAUGGAUGGUGAGGAUUCGUUGUGAUUUUUGAUGGAGUUGUUUCAAACGGUUGUGAUUCCUUUGAAUAAUGUACCCCUUUCAUUUUUAUAUUCCUUUAUUUUGGGUAUAUUCAUCUGUAAACUAAGAAACAAUUUUUGAUGUAUCUACAAUUAUCUGUAGUUCGUUA